AGCCCCACUUUUGCGGGAAACGGAGGCUGCGAAAAAGCCGGUGAGAAGCGACAGACGAAGCGCGUGGCUUUGUUGUUCUCAUCGUUGUCUAUUUUAAGAAUAGCUUAAAAAAAAAUCACCCGAAUAGCUGGGGGAUAUAAACCCGUGUACGAGUUUGUUUUGUACACAAACGAGAAAGAAAGUAAAUAAUAAAGGAUGUCUGAGACGGAGGGAAGCGUCAACAAACAGCGGGAAGAAGAAGAAGAAGAAGGUGAAGUUGAGCAGCCCGGAACAACACAGGAUGGUGCUUCAGGUUCUGAAGAAGCAGCGCACGACAGCGCCGAGCAGUCGUCUUCUCCUCCGGCUGAACAGGUGAAGGUGGAGCAGCCAGCGUGUUAUGAAGAGAAAGUGAAAACAGACCGGACCAACAGAUUUGAGUACCUGCUGAAGCAGACGGAGGUGUUUGCUCACUUUAUUCAGCCUGCUGCUCAGAAGACCCCUACCUCUCCGCUGAAGAUGAAGCCUGGCCGUCCUCGCAUCAAAAAGGACGAGAAACAGAACCUGCUGUCUGCCGGGGAUAACCGUCACCGCCGCACCGAGCAGGAGGAGGACGAGGAGCUGCUCAGCGAGAGCAAUAAAGCUGCCAACGUGUGCACACGAUUCGACGACUCUCCAUCCUAUGUGAAAUCAGGAAAACUCCGAGAUUAUCAGGUCCGUGGACUGAACUGGCUGAUUUCGCUGUACGAGAACGGAAUCAACGGCAUCCUGGCUGAUGAAAUGGGUCUGGGAAAGACUUUACAGACUAUUUCUCUCUUGGGCUACAUGAAACACUACAGGAACAUCCCCGGGCCUCACAUGGUUCUGGUUCCCAAGUCCACGCUGUAUAACUGGAUGAACGAGUUUAAGCGCUGGGUUCCGUCACUCCGAGCUGUCUGCCUCAUAGGAGAUAGGGAAGAGAGGACGGCUUUCAUCCGCGACACGCUGUUGCCGGGAGAAUGGGACGUGUGCGUGACUUCCUAUGAAAUGCUCAUCAUUGAGAGAGCCGUCUUUAAGAAGUUUAACUGGAGAUACCUGGUGAUCGACGAGGCCCAUCGCAUCAAGAACGAAAAAUCAAAGUUGUCAGAAAUUGUGCGCGAGUUCAAAACCACCAACCGGUUGCUGCUCACAGGAACCCCGCUUCAGAACAACCUUCACGAGCUGUGGGCUCUGCUUAACUUCCUCCUUCCUGACGUCUUCAACUCCUCCGAGGACUUUGAUGCCUGGUUUGACACAAACAACUGUCUCGGAGACACAGAACUAGUUGAGCGUUUACACACCGUAUUAAGGCCUUUUCUGCUGAGACGUAUCAAGGCUGAUGUGGAGAAAUCUCUGCUUCCUAAAAAAGAAGUUAAGAUGUACGUCGGACUCAGCAAGAUGCAGAGAGAAUGGUACACUAAAAUCCUGAUGAAGGACAUUGAUAUCCUGAACUCGGCAGGGAAGAUGGAUAAGAUGCGUCUACUUAACGUACUGAUGCAGCUCAGGAAGUGCUGUAAUCACCCGUACUUGUUCGACGGCGCUGAGCCCGGCCCACCGUACACCACCGACCUUCAUCUUGUAGUCAACAGCGGCAAGAUGGCCGUCCUUGAUAAACUGCUGCCCAAGCUGAAGGAACAAGGCUCUCGUGUGCUGAUCUUCAGCCAGAUGACCAGGAUGCUGGACAUUCUGGAAGACUACUGUAUGUGGCGUAACUACGGUUACUGCCGCCUGGACGGACAAACACCUCAUGAGGAGAGACAGAUCUCCAUCAAUGUUUUUAAUGAGCCCAACAGCCCCAAGUUUCUCUUUAUGCUGAGCACUAGGGCUGGUGGGCUGGGGAUUAACCUGGCUACAGCUGACGUGGUCAUUAUUUAUGACUCUGACUGGAAUCCUCAAGUGGACCUGCAGGCCAUGGACCGUGCUCACAGAAUCGGUCAGAAGAAGCAAGUACGCGUGUUCCGCUUCAUCACAGAGAACACCGUCGAGGAGAGGAUCGUAGAACGCGCCGAAAUGAAACUACGCUUAGACUCCAUUGUUAUCCAACAAGGUAGAUUAGUCGAUCCUAGCAUGAACAAGCUGGGCAAAGACGAGAUGUUGUCCAUCAUUCGGCACGGCGCUACUCACGUCUUUGCUUCUAAGGAGAGUGAAAUUACUGACGAAGAUAUCGACGUCAUCCUUGAGAGAGGCGAAAAGAAGACCAUGGAGAUGAAGGAGAAGAUGUCCACACUUGGUGAAGGCAAUCUGAGGAACUUCACCAUGGACACAGAAAACAGCGUGUACAACUUCGAAGGUGAAGAUUACAGAGAGAAGAAAAAGGUCAUCAAUAACUGGAUAGAACCACCGAAAAGAGAACGCAAAGCGAACUACGCCGUUGAUGCCUACUUCAGGGAGGCCUUGCGUGUUAGUGAGCCCAAAGCACCAAAGGCUCCUCGGCCUCCAAAACAGCCCAACGUUCAAGACUUCCAGUUCUUCCCUCCUCGGCUUUUUGAGCUGCUCGAGAAGGAGAUCUUGUACUACAGGAAAACUAUUGGCUAUAAGGUGCCGAGGAAUCCUGAACUCCCCAAUGCUGCUCAGGUGCAGAAGGAAGAGCAGGCGAAGAUCGACGAAGCAGAGCCUCUAAAUGAAGAAGAGCUGGAGGAAAAGGAGAACCUCUUGUCGCAGGGCUUCACCAUCUGGAACAAGCGGGAUUUCAAUCAGUUCAUAAAGGCUAACGAGAAAUGGGGAAGAGACGAUAUUGAGAACAUCGCCCGUGAAGUGGAAGGCAAAACACCCGAAGAAGUCAUGGAAUAUUCCGCUGUGUUUUGGGAGCGCUGCAAUGAGCUGCAGGAUAUUGAGAAGAUCAUGGCUCAGAUUGAGAGAGGUGAAGCCAGGAUUCAGAGGAGGAUCAGUAUCAAGAAAGCACUGGACUCAAAGAUUGGACGUUACAAGGCACCAUUCCACCAGCUGAGGAUUUCUUACGGGACCAACAAGGGGAAGAACUACACCGAAGAGGAGGACCGAUUCCUCAUCUGCAUGUUGCAUAAGCUGGGCUUCGACAAGGAGAGCGUUUACGACGAGCUCCGCCAGUGUAUUCGCAACUCGCCUCAGUUCCGCUUCGACUGGUUCCUCAAGUCUCGCACAGCUAUGGAGUUACAGCGGAGAUGUAAUACACUGAUCACUCUAAUCGAGCGUGAGAACAUGGAGCUGGAAGAGAGGGAGAAGGCGGAGAAGAAGAAACGUGGACCUCGUAAUUCUUCAGCACAGAAACGUAAGCAGGACGGAGCACCGGAAGGUCGCGGUCGUAAGAAGAAGCUGAAGUUGUAAAACACACCUGAUGAACCCCCACUGACGGACGAGGCGCUUCAGUAGAGCAUUUGUGUUACGGGUCCCACAUACGUACUGUAUCAUCUUGCCUCACAGUAGCUUGUCCUUUUUAAAAAGACGUAGUGUUGUAAAAUAGAUCUAUCUUUUUAGUUGCGUAAUGAACUAUGGCUGUGCGCUUUUUUUUUUUUCUUUUUUUUUUUAUCUCUUUUGUAUCUGUAAUUUGUGAGCUGUUAAAAAUUAAACGUAUUUAUGUUUGUUUGGUUACAUACUACAUUCCAUUUGCUUGUCAGAAUUUUUUAUUUUUUUUCCCCCUCAAAUAAAGUUAUCAGUAUUGUAUACAUGACUAUCUGCCCUGGAAAACCCUUUGAAAAAAGUCUGUCAAAUAAAUUCCUUUUGGUUUUGUAAA